AGAUGUCGUGGUGUGAAGGUUCUGGAGGCAAGAUGACUUUGGUCAAGUUGCUCCUCUCCUUAAUGCUGCUACACACACUUUCUGAAGCCUCUAAUCAGCCUCCUCGUUUCCAGAAUUACUUCUUCCAGUCGUACCUGCUUAUCUAUGAGAACACACCAGUGGGAACUUCAGUGCUCCAGCUGCAGGCGGUCGAUCCGGACGGUGAGCCGUUGAUUUUCGGUGUGGUCGGGGAAGAGGCCAUGCGGUACUUCGCUGUGCAGGAGACGACUGGGGUAGUGUGGCUGAGACAGCCGCUUGACAGGGAGACCAAGUCAGAGAUGCAGGUGGAGUUCUCAGUCAGUGACAGUCAAGGGGUCGUCAAGGAUACAGUGAACAUUCAGAUCGGAGAUGUUAAUGACAAUGCGCCAUCCUUUUUCAACCAGCCCUAUGCUGUUCAAAUACCAGAGAACACUCCAGUGGGAACGUCCGUGUUCAUGGUGAACGCGACAGACCCGGAUCAGGGUGUGGGCGGCAGUGUGCUCUUCUCCUUCCAGCCUCCCUCUCCGUUCUUCUCCAUUGAUGGGGCCAGGGGAAUCGUUACUGUGACGAGAGCGCUGGACUAUGAGACGACAACCGCCUAUCAGCUUACUGUUAAUGCUACGGACCAGGAUAAGAGGCGUCCGCUCUCGAGUCUGACUAAUUUGGCGAUUACCAUCACUGAUGUUCAAGACAUGGACCCCAUCUUCACCAACCUGCCGUACAGCACUAAUAUAAUGGAGGACGCACCACCAGGUUAUGAAGUCCGUAAGAUCACAGCGAUCGAUCAAGACUUAGGUCGACCACGUGGAAUUGGAUAUACGAUCAUAUCAGGUAACACCAACAGCGUAUUUGCUGUUGACUACAUCAGCGGAUCCCUGAAAGUGAGUGGACAGCUGGACCGGGAAAACCCUUUGUACUCAUCCGGAUUCACCAUCACAGUAAAGGCCACAGAGCUGAAUGACGACCGCACACCCUCGUCUGCCACCGUCAUGACCACCUUCACCAUCCUGCUGAUCGAUAAAAAUGACAAUCCGCCCAGGUUUAACAGCUCUGAAUAUCGCGUCCUGAUCACAGAGCUGGCGCAGGUCGGCUUCGCUCUGCCUCUGUACAUACAGGUCGAAGACAAAGACGAGGGGGUGAACAGCAUGUUUCAGGUGGUCCUGACAGGAAAUAACUCUGAGCACUUCAGCAUCUCUCCCACCUCAGUGCAGGGCAGAGCAGACCUCCGUGUGCGUGUGGCCAUCCCACUGGACUACGAAACCAUCAGGAGCUACAGCUUUUCUCUCUAUGCCAACGAGUCUCUAUCAGAGCAUGUGGGGUUUGCUCGAGUCUUCAUCGACCUCGUCAACGAGAACGACAACAGACCGAUCUUCAGCCAGACGGUUUAUAACAUCAGCUUACCCGAGAGCACCGCUCCUGGAACAUCUCUACUGCAGAUAAAGGCCACGGAUAAUGACAUUGGCACGUUUGGAGUGGUUCGGUAUUACUUCAGCGAUGAGCCAGACCAGUUCUCAUUGGAUGUUGAGACGGGUUGGGUGACUCUGCGAGACUGGCUGGAUUAUGAGCUCAUGAGGCGCUUUACUUUAACAAUAUUGGCCCGUGAUGGAGGAGGGGAGGAGACUACAGGACGCCUUCGCAUUAACGUGAUGGAUGUAAACGACAAUGCACCAAUCUUCCAGAAGGAGGCGUAUACGGGUUCACUUAUGGAGAACGAACAGGCUCCACAACAAAUAGUCCGAGCCCGGGCGACGGACGAGGACUCUCCUCCCAAUAACAUCCUGACCUACUCCAUCAUCUACGCCUCUCAGUUCAGGUCAUAUUUCAGCAUCAGUGUGGUGGAGGGCUACGCAGUCAUCACCGUGAAUCGUCCUCUGGAUUAUGAGCAGGUUCCAGGUGGAUCGAUCUUUCUGACUCUGAUGGCCAGAGAUGGAGGGAACCCGUCCCUCAAUAGCACUGUUCCAGUUACCAUAGAGCUGUUUGACGAGAAUGACAACCCACCCGAGUUCAGCCUCCCGUCUUACAUCGUCAACAUACCUGAGAAUAUCGUUGCAGGAGCGACAGUGUUGUUUGUGAACGCCACAGACCUGGACGCGUCUCGGGAGUUUGGUCAGGUCUCUCUCAUCUAUUCCCUGCAGGGCAGCUCACAGUUCAGACUCAACACUCGCUCAGGAGAGAUCACCACCACAGCUCUUCUGGAUCGAGAGAUGAAGUCUGAGUACAUUCUGAUCGUAAGAGCCGUUGAUGGAGGGGUGGGACCACAGCAGAAAACUGGCAUCGCUACGGUGAACAUCACUAUUCUGGACAUAAAUGAUAACGCCCCCAUGUGGCGAGAUGAGCCGUAUCAAGCGAAUGUUGUGGAGAUGAGUCCCAUCGAUACUGACGUUAUUACUGUAUUAGCGGUGGACCCUGAUUAUGGUGAUAAUGGGAUGGUGGUCUACUCUAUAAAUCCAGGGAACCCCUUUUACACCAUCAACCGCAACACCGGGAAGAUCCGUACCAGUGGGGCGGUGCUGGACAGAGAGAGUCAGAACGCCCGCUCCGCACAGCUUAUGAGGACCAUCAUUGUCUCUGCUACCGACCUUGGGACGCCUCCACUGCGCUCUUCAGCCAGCGCUACAGUGUAUGUGAACCUCCUGGACCUCAACGAUAAUGAUCCUGCCUUUAUCAACCUCCCAUUUGUCGCUGAAGUACCAGAGGGGCUUCCCAUUGGAUCAUCUGUGUUCAGGGUGCAGGUGCAGGACCCUGAUGAAGGUGAAAAUGGUGCGGUAACCAUGGCGCUUCAGAUGGGGAUGCCACGGCUGGACUUCAGGCUCAACACCACCACAGGGGUCCUGGUUUCCACCGCAGUGCUGGACCGCGAGCAGAUCGGCCAGUAUUAUCUGAGGAUUAUUGCGUAUGACGCAGACCAGUUUCCUCGAACUUCCACGAGUACUCUCACUAUCACAGUUUUGGACAUGAAUGAUGAGACGCCAACCUUCUUCCCCAGCAUGUAUAACGUAUCGUUGGAUGAAAACGUGCCCCGUGACUAUGUGGUGGUCAGACUGAACUGCACGGAUAAUGACGCGGGUCUUAACUCAGAGCUCAGCUAUUUUAUCACAGCUGGGAACCAAGAUGGAAAGUUUAGUGUGGGUUUCCGGACCGGAAUAGUACGGACUGUGGUGGGUCUGGACCGCGAGACUCAGGCCUUGUACAGGCUAGUGAUUGAAGCGAUUGAUAAUGGUCCAGCGGGAAGUCGGAGGACAGGAACAGCUACAGUAUAUGUGGAGGUGCUGGAUGUCAAUGACAACAGGCCUAUAUUCCUCCAGAACAGCUAUGAGACCAGCAUCCUGGAGAACAUACCCAGAGGAACUAGUAUAUUACAGGUUCAGGCCACAGAUGCAGAUCAGGGGGAGAAUGGAAGAGUUCUGUACAGGAUUCUCUCUGGCAACAAUGGUCAGUUUAAUGUGGACAGUCUGUCUGGACUCAUCAGCAGAGGAACUGCGGCUCUGAACCGAGAGACGCGUAGCUCUCAUGUGCUGGAGGUGGAGGCCUAUAACAGUGACCAGGGCAGCAUGCGCAGCUCUGUCAGGGUGAUUGUGUAUGUGGAGGACAUGAAUGACGAGUCUCCAGUCUUCACUCAGUCGCAGUACAAUCGCCUGGGGCUCAGAGAGACUGCUGGGAUCGGUACAUCUGUGGUAGUGGUCCGAGCUACAGACCCCGACACAGGUGAUGGGGGCGCUGUAGCGUAUGCUCUGGUUUCUGGCUCUGACCAUAAGUUUGAGGUGGAUGUAAGUACGGGUCUGCUAACUACAAUGGAUUACUUGGACUACGAGACCAAGACCAGCUAUUUAAUGAACGUCUCAGCCACAGAUCAGUCUCCACCGUUCCACAGCAGCUACUGCACUGUCUACGUAACUUUACUCAAUGAACUGGACGAAGCCGUGGCCUUUCUAUCAGCCGGGUAUGAAAUAUCGCUGAUGGAGAACAUCGCCACGGGAACAGAGGUGGUCCAGGUGAAGGCGCAGUCGGCCGAUAACCUGAACCAGCUGACGUACCGCUUCGACCCUGACACCUCACCUGCUGCCCUGGCGCUCUUUAAGAUUGACGGUGUCACGGGCCGUAUAACUGUGACGGGACUGUUGGACAGAGAGAGAGGCGAUUCAUACACUCUUACUGUUGUGGCCGAUGAUGGAGGACCUAAGAGAGGCUCCACUGUGAAGGUGUCAAUCACCAUUCUUGAUGAGAAUGACAACAGCCCAGAGUUUGACAUCACUUCGGAUUUGUCAGUGGCUAUUCCAGAGGACACACCCAUUGGCCAGAGAGUUGCUAUCGUGUUGGCACGGGACAAAGACGCUGGAAGAAAUGGACUGGUGAAUUUCACCUUGAUCGCAGGGAACAUGCAGGACGUGUUUAAGAUCAACACAGCCAAUAAUACGUAUGGAGAGGUUUACUUGAACGCCCGUCUGGACCGUGAAGCUGUUGACCGUUACCUGCUUAAAGUGCGGGCGACAGAUAACGGUUCCCCUCCGAGGUUCACAGAUGUGUCGCUCACGGUGAAUAUUUUGGAUGAGAACGAUAACCCUCCCGUGCUGCAGAGCCCUCGUGGGUACAACGUCAGCGUCAGUGAGAAUGUGGGUGGCGGUACAUCUGUCCUGCGUGUUGUAGCGACAGAUCGGGACAUUGGACCCAAUGCCAUGCUGUCGUACUACAUCACCGGCGGUAACCAGGACCUGACCUUCAGAAUGGACCGUAUGACAGGAGAGAUAGUGACCCGACCGUCACCUCCUGACAGAGAAAAACAGCAGCAGUACACACUCACUGUGACUGUGGAAGAUGACGGAAUGCCGCCUUUAUCAACGUCCACCAUCGUUUGGGUCCGUAUAAUUGAUGAAAAUGACAAUGCGCCUGAGUUUCCAGAGGAAGAGUAUGUGACGGAGCUCAGAGAGGGGCCAAACACUGUAGGAGCCAUUAUCGCAACGGUUACUGCCAUCGAUCCUGAUGAAGAACUCAACGGAACCAUCCGUUAUGCCAUCUCCAAGGGCAACCUGGCCCAGACGUUCCAGAUCAAUAGCAUAACGGGUCAGAUUGUGGUCAUUAAGGAGCUGGAUUAUGAGAUCAGUAAUGGUCAUUAUGUGCUGACGGUCACAGCUACAGAUCAGUGUCCUAUACCUCAGUUCAGACUGACCUCCAGCACCACAGUCCUGGUGAAUGUGGUAGAUGUGAACGAUAAUGCACCCAUCUUCCCGAGACCAUUCGAAGGUCCGUUUGAAAUCACAGAGGGUCAGCCGGGUCCACGUGUGUGGACCGUUAAAGCAGCGGAUGCCGACUCGGGAUCCAACGGAAAAGUGGAGUACAGCAUCACCGCAGGGGACCUGAAAAAUGAGUUUGUAAUUUCAUCGGUUGAGGGAGAGUUAAGAGUGAGGAGAGAUGUGGAGCUGGACAGAGAAACUAUCGCCUAUUACAACAUCACCAUUACUGCCAAAGAUCUGGGAACGCCAGCGCUCAGCGCUACGGUGGUAGUGAGCAUUCAGGUGUUGGACAUUAAUGAUAACGACCCCAUCCUGCUCAACUUACCCUAUAACACCAGCGUGAGCGAGGGAGCACCGGUCCACACCUCCAUCACUCAAGUGCGGGCACAAGACUCUGACAGCGACCGCAAUGCUCUCCUCACAUACAGCAUUACCGCCGGCAACAGUGAUGGAUCAUUCUACAUUAAUGAGACAUCAGGUGUAGUUCAGGUGAACAGGCCGCUGGACAGAGAGAGAGUGGCUGAAUACAGCCUCACCAUCACCGUCAAAGACAACCCAGACAACCCUCGCAUCGCACGCAGGGAUUCAGAGUUGUUGGUGGUGACUGUGCUGGAUGUGAAUGACAACAGGCCCAUCUUCACCCAGUCCAGCUACAGGGGCGAGAUCAGUGAAAACUCACCCACAGGCACCACUGUGUUGAUUCUAAACGGCCCAGUUCUAGCAGAGGACAAAGACAUUGGGGAGAAUGCGGUGGUGAGGUAUCGUCUCCUGGGAAACAGAGUGGACCUCUUCUCCAUAGACUCCCGCACAGGGGUGGUAUCGGCGCGUGCUGGUGCUGUGCUGGACCGGGAGGCUUUCUCUGUGCCGCGGGUGGAGCUGUUUUUCUACAUUGAAGAUGUGGGAGGUUUAAACAGCACCGUUCCACUCACAAUCACCAUCCUCGACAUAAAUGACAACCCACCUGUCUUCAAUCCAUCCAGUUUCACUGUACGCCUGCCAGAAAACAGCCCCACAGGUGAGAGAGACAUAUUUUAUUUUUAUUUUUAUAAGUAUUAUUUAUUUACAAAUUUAUUUAAUUUUUUAAUUUUUUUCCGUUUCAUUGUUGACGCUCUCUCUGGUGCCGUUGUGGUGGGCAAUGCUACACUGGACCGAGAGGAGCGUAGCUCGUACCGUCUAGUUGUCAUAGCAACUGACCGAGGCACACCCCCUCUCUCAGGAACGGCGACGUUAACUGUUGUUCUGGACGAUGUCAAUGACUCUCGUCCUCGUUUCAUACGGCCUGUGCAGACUAUCAGUGUUAACGAGUCAACACCGCCAGGAGAGGUUAUAGCUACGCUCACUGCCGAGGACCCUGAUCUACGACCCCGCCUGGAGUAUUACAUCAUCUCUGUGGAAGCAAAGGAUGAUGGGAAUAAUCCAGUGGAUGGGCUGCAGCAGUCGUUUGGAAUUGACUUUUACACAGGUGCUGUGUUUGUACGAAACCCCUUGAACCGAGAGCUGGUUGCCACUUUUGAGAUCAUCGUUUCAGUGCAUGACAAUGCCAGUGACGUUAUUGACAUGUCCGUCAGUGUACCCAACGCUAAAUUAACCAUCAACGUGCUGGAUGUGAAUGACAACGCUCCUCGUUUUCGUCCUUUCGGGGUAGCAAACUUUUCCGAGAGGAUUCUGGAGGGUGCUGUGUUUGGUACCACACUGCUGUCGGUGACCGCUGUGGAUCCUGAUAAAGGGCCCAACGGACAGAUCAUCUACCAGCUCCUACACCUGCCCCGUGGAGACUACAUAAGACUUGAAGACCCUUCUACAGGUAAAAUUGUGGCCAAUCGGACAGUGGAUUAUGAACAAGUGCAGUGGUUGAACUUCACGGUGCGUGCUCAGGAUCACGGCACGCCUCCUCGCUUUGCCGAACUUCCUGUCUAUUUGCGCAUUGUUGAUGUCAACGACAACAACCCAGUCUUUCAGCAACCUUUAUAUCAGAAAUCCAUUUUUGAGGAUGUUGCACUUGGCACCAUUAUUGUAAGUGUGAGUGCGACAGAUGCAGACUCCGGUCUGUUCUCUGUCAUUGAAUACGGGCUAGUGGAUGGAGGGGGCAAGUUCGGCAUCACACCCACUACGGGUGACGUCUACAUCCUGUCUGCCCUGGACAGAGAGACCAAGGACCGUUACACUCUCACAGCCUAUGCCAGGGACAACCCCGGAGGCAACCCCAACAACCGCAGAGAAAACUCCGUCCAGGUGCAGUUGACAGUGAUGGAUGUAAAUGAUUUCCGCCCACGUUUCUCAGAGAGAGUCUUCACCACUAGUAUGUUUGAGAAUGAGCCGGUUGGUACAUCAGUGAUCACGAUGAAGGCCAUUGACCUCGAUGAGGGGGAGAAUGCAUUACUUACCUACAGUCUACAGGGCCCUGGAGCGGAUGUGUUCUCUCUGGAUCCUGACACUGGGCUGAUUCGCUCCCUGCGGUUACUGCAGAGUUUUGAGAGGUUUAAUCUGACUGUGGUGGCGACCGAUCAUGGCAGAACGCCACUCUGGGGAACCACCAGUCUUCAGAUCACCGUCAUAGAUGUCAAUGAUAACAGGCCGGUCUUUGUGCGGCCUGCCAAUGGCACUAUCAUGCACAUACUUGAGGAACAGCCACCUGGGCUGGUGGUGUAUGAAGUGUUUGCCACAGACGAGGAUGAGGGGGUGAAUGGAGAGGUCCGGUACAGCUUCCUGCAAACUGGAGCAGGAAAUAGAGACUGGGAGAACUUCCAUAUUGAUGCAGUGACCGGAGUGAUCACCACUGCGGUUACACUGGACAGAGAGAAACAAGCUCUGUACAGUCUGGUUGUGGUGGCGUAUGACCUCGGGCAGCCCGUCCCAUAUGAGACCAUGCAGCCGCUGCAGGUGGCUCUGUCUGACAUCGACGACAACGAACCUGUCUUUCUUAAACCUCCGAGAGGAAGUUUGCCAUAUCAGUCUCUGUCGGUGCCUGAGCACUCGUCUCCUGGGACUGUUGUGGGCAAUGUGACUGGUGCAGUGGACGCGGACGAGGGCUCUAAUGCUAUCGUCUACUAUUUCAUUGCAGGAGGCGAUACCAUGGGAAACUUUGGUAUGAGUGUGGCCGGAGUUUUACAGGUCAAAAAAGAUCUGGAUCGGGAAGAAAUCCCAGUGUAUUCCAUCAUUGUUAAAGCGUCCAGUAACCGAAACUGGUCUCCUCCGAGAGGUCAAAGGUCACAGCGGGCCCAAGUGCUUGACCCAAGCCGUGACCCUACAUUACAGGAAGUAAGAAUCUUCCUUGAGGACAUCAACGACCAAUCUCCGAGAUUCACAAAGAUGGAGUACACUGCAGGUGUGGCUGCGGAUGCUAAAGUGGGCUCUGAUCUGAUCCGGGUUCAAGCGAUUGAUAAUGACAUUGGCAACAACAGUCUUGUUCUUUAUCACAUUCUGUCCAUCCGCUACAUCAAACUGCAUUCCAAUGACUCUGAAGACAUGGGCAACGUCUUCAUCAUCGGUGAGACUGAUGGAAUCAUCCGAACAUUUGACCUGUUUAUGGCAUAUGAUCUGGGUUAUUUUGUGGUGGAGGUUCUGGCGAGAGAUCUGGCAGGACACAGUGACGUGACUCUAGUGGGCAUUUACAUUCUGAGAGACGACCAGCGGGUGAAAAUCGUCAUUAAUGAGAUACCGGAGCGUGUCCGGCUGUUUCAGGAGGAGUUUAUAAACCUGCUCUCAAACAUCACAGGAGCCAUAGUUAACACUGAUGACGUACAGUUUCAUGUGGAUAAAAAGGGAAGAGUGAACUUCGCUCAAACCGAUGUUCUGAUUCAUGUGGUCAACAAGCAGACCAACCGUAUUCUAGAUGUGGAGAGGGUGAUUCAGAUGAUCGAUGAGAACAAGGAGCAAUUGAGGAAUCUGUUUAGAAACUACAACGUUCUGGAUGUUCAGCCUGCUGUGACCGCUCGUGCACCUGAUGACCUCACCACCUUACAGAUGGCUAUUAUCAUCUUGGCAGUUUUACUCUUCCUUGCUGCGAUGUUGUUUAUCCUGAUGAACUGGUAUUACCGCACAGUGCACAAAAGGAAGCUGAAGGCAAUUGUUGCUGGCUCCACAGGAAAUCAGGGGUUGAUGGAUAUUCUGGAUAUGCCCAACACAAACAAGUACACAUUUGAAGGAGCAAAUCCAGUGUGGCUAGAUCCUUUCUGCAGGAAUCUGGAGUUAGCAGCACAGGCGGAGCAUGAGGACGACCUUCCUGAAGACUUAAGUGACAUUGCUGACCUCUGGAACAGCCCGGCUCGCACACACGGUACAUUUGGACGUGAUCCUCAGGCUUCUAAACCAGAGGAUGACCGAUAUCUACGAGCUGCUAUUCAGGAGUAUGACAACAUCGCCAAACUAGGACAAAUCAUGAGAGAGGGGCCCAUCAAGGGCUCGCUGCUCAAUGUGGUUCUGGAUGACUAUCUGAGACUCAAAAAGCUGUUUGCCGCCCGCAUGGUCACCAAGUCAACCAGCCACGGUGACCAAUCAUCAGUCACAGAGCUGAUCCAAAGUGACCUGGAUGAAGAUGACGACGAGCGCGUUGGUGUUGGAGGUCGAGGAACCCUUCGCUUCAAGCACAAACUACCGAUUGAGCUCAGGGGUCCUGACGGGGUGCACGCAGUUCAUGGCAGCACAGGCACGCUGUUGACCUCUGACCUAAACAGCCUGCCUGAAGAUGACCAGCGUGCUCUGGCACGCUCCCUUGAAGCCUUGCACACAGAUGGCGGACUGUAUGCCGAACGCAACGCCCGAACAGAAUCUGCAAAAUCCACACCUUUGCACAGAAACAAGGGCAGCGACACUCUGUCUGAGAGUCCGUUAGAGAUCACGGAAUUAUGACUAGCCGAGGCCUCGCUGGUCUGAGAAAACUACAAUGUGCAUGCCACUCCUGGCUCUUUGUUAUCAACGGGAACUCUUUCCUGCGAUGUGGAGAAGAGUUCAGGUUUGUAAGGGCCAGGUGUGAGGAGGGUGUGUAGGUGUGUGUGUGGACCUGGAACGCCCAAAUCAAGGGUGGCUCAUCUUGUCAGGGCUAUUUCAAGAGUACUGAGACUUUUACCACACACACUCAAACUACACAAUGGGCAGCGAAUGCACUCUCAGACCAGUGGAAGGCCGAAUACGGACAUUAGUUUUUAUUUAGUUACUUUUUCAUAUUUCGAUAGGACACCAGGGAAUAACAUGGUCAUGUAUGUGUAUAAUUAACUGUUUGAACAGCUUAUGAGAGUAUAUCUCUGGGGCUUUUCACACCGCAAUUAACCCUGGGUUAAGCAACAUUUCACACUUGGAAACUGAAAAAGGGUUUAACUGUGGGUUCUGAAGCUAGAACAGGGUUAGCACUGUUUAUUGCAGUGCCAUGGGUAUAUAGUCUGAAACUGUGCAGUGCUAGUAAAUGUUGAUGAGUUUAGCAACAGACAACCAGCCGUAAAUGAAAUCAUUCAAAUCAUUCAUGCACUUCGCAUGGCUGCAGGAAGUAUCUUUUUACGAUUCGUAGAAUAGUCAAUGUUUAAAAAUGUUGAACAGUGAUGGUAAACGUUAACUGGAGAGAUUAUGAAACAGUAUUAUUUUUGUAUGUAUAUAUUUUUUUCUCUAGUGUUUAAAUUCACAAAGCACGAUUACAAAAAUACUCCGUUUUCAUGCAGGCAAUCCAAACAGUUGCCAUGUCUGCCACUGGUCGAAAAAUGGCCCCAAACGCACCCCAUUGAUUGAGCUAAAGUUGCCGUGUCUUUUCGCCCUAUUCAAACUUCAGAUGACUUGACUUCUAGCUGCCGUUACUGCUAUAGUAUUAUUGCGGUACCCAUACUUCAAAAUACCGGCUGUGUCACAGUAUUUUCAGAAUAGUUCCGUAAUGCAUGUAAAUAUUUACACAUGCAGAACUGAAACGUUUGGCAUGUAGUUGAUUUUCUUUCCUAAUAAUUGCUUCAGGGUGUGAACAUGAAUGGUGUGAACUGUGAAUAUUACAUUAUUCAGCUCUGUUAAUUAAUCAAUUAAUGUCGUAUCCAAAUAAUUGGAUACGACGCAAAAUUGGAUACGAUGAAAAAUACGACGCGCCUCACCUUUAAGGCAAGAUGGCCACAUUCCCACGUGUUUGUAAAAGCAGGUUGCGUGCUUUAAAAUUAAAAAAUUGGUGUUCCCAGAACAUGACAACAUGUGUUGAGUAUUAACAAUGUGAAAAUGUGCAUUAUUAUUUAUAUUUAUUUAUUUAAACAAACAAACCAACCCUGGGUUAACAGGUAAGUGUGAAAAGUCCAUCUGAUAUAAAGAAGAAACGACCACAAGAAAAUAUCCUGUACUGCAAGCUGCUGUGUGCUGGUGUCUUUACAAUGAGAUUUAAGACAUUACAAAAAUGACUUCAUGAACUCCCAUCUAUAAAAAAUUGUGAACUAUCUGAAAAAAAGUGGAAGACUGCAUUGAAGAAAAUGGACUAAAAGCUGUUCCAUGGACCAAUGGGGAAAGCCAGUUAGCAGACCAAACACUGUUUCCACUGAACUUACUGAGGCCAGAGGUUUGUCUGGUCAACUAACAAAACAUUUCAUUUUUGCUUGAACUGAGGGAUUUAUGUGUGUCAUGUGUUUUAAUAAAAA